AUUAAAAACCGCUGGUACUCGUGCCGCGACCAAUUUAAGCGGGAGAUGAACCAGCGACAAAGAAGUGGCGACGGUUCGUUGGCCAAAAAGCCAUAUUUGUAUACGGCCAAUUUACAGUUCUUGCGCCCAAUCAUGGAAACUCGACCAACUGUUGAUAACCUCAGUCAAGACCCGGUUGAAGUGGAAGCAGCUUCUGGACCAUCUUCCAGUGAUAAUCCAUCUGCCCCUCCAUCCGUGGAAGAAACUCCACCUUUGGCAACGGUCACAGAGGAUGCCCCAGAAAAUAUUGCUGUGCCACAGCAGAUAAACACCCAGCGUCAUGCCUCGGGUAGGCGUAGGGGUCCCCCUCCCCCCGAUUCUGCUUUAGAUACUCGAACCAUUGUUGAAUCAAGGGUUAUGGAGUAUCUAAACCAGAAUCGUGGUGAGAGUCCGGACGAAACCAUGGUGAAAAGUUUGGUGCCCCUACUUAAAAAAGUACCCGAGGAACGAAAAGCUCGGUGUCUAUCUGCUGUGGCACUUCUAAUGGACCUCAAGAACCAAUUGCAACGGUUCACAAUUUGGAGCGUGAUCGUGAUGAGAUGCUCAACUGGAGGCCAUUUGGGCAAAGUUAUUCCCAUUAUCCACCACCAUCUAGGUCUUUUCAAGGAGAAACCUCUACCCAGGGGAGUUACCAAUCUCACCAUGGACACCCCAGGUCUUCAGAGGGAACUCGUCCCCACAGUUCAAAUCCCGGCCCUUUUACAAGGGAACUUUUUGAUCUUUAAUUUUUUCAAUUUUAAAGAAAAAAAAUCUUUGUUGAAUAAAUGACAUUUUUCAUUUAAA